AUGGGACGCACAUUCCUUGAGGCCUUCUUUUUCGAACUGAAUCUCACCCCAGACCAAAGACACAUGUUGGACGCCGUUCUCAGACUUUUUAAUCCAACUCCUGAGUCUGGUCCUAUAAACGUCACUAAUCAGAUCGAACACGUAAUUGAUACGGGUGAUGCAAAACCCGUCAUGAAACGCCAGUAUACAGUAUCGCCAUAUGUGGCUGAACAAGUUCAAGCCGAAUUGGAUAAAAUGCGUAGUCGUGACAUCAUUAUGACCAUCGAAGAAAGCCCUUGGCGGUCACCAAUUCUGGCUGUAAAGAAGAAAGACGGAACGUGUCGCGUGUGCUUGGACGCGAGAGAAUUUCAGCACGACUAA